AUGCCGAGGCGAGAGCCGUCGGUUUCGACGAGCCGUCCCCAGGAUCCCGUUCCUGGUGAAGACGUUAAUCGCGCCGCACUUAAGGCCAAGGAGGAGGCAUUUCCCUUUGACCUUUUCGAGGCGAAGCGUGAAUUGGAACGUCUCAUGGCGUCUCGAGGCGCUUCCACAUCUGGGCGAGGGCCAAGAGUUAAGAGACAAAAACCUGACCUGCCUGGCUCUACGCUUUGCUCCCUUGAGUUGCUCGAGGCGUUGAGGCAUCGCUUCGGGAUAUCCGAGGCGGUGGAGUUCGUCUUUCCAGAGAAGAGCGACCGACCCGACAAGCCCCCAGAGAAUCAUUUCACUCUGUACGAGGCGUUCUUUGAGCUUUGCUUCCUCUGGUUCCCGAUCCCCGGAGUGAUCCUUGAAUAUCUCUGGAAACACGGGAUCUCGAUUGGGCAAAUCAUGCCGAGGGGAUUACGGCAUAUGAUUGGCAUCUCAGUUCGAAGCUUCGAGUGUGGAGUUGAUAUCGAGCUGAAUCACCUGCUGAACUUGCUGGAAAUCAGGAAAGCUCCAAAGAGAAAUAUAUUCUAUAUUUCCAACAAGGCGUCGGUCGGCGAGAAUUACGUUCAAAGAACCAAGACCGCUUGGGGACCACUUGUUCGGUGCUUUCUUCCCCCGAUUCCCGACUCUCUUUCGGCGCGGAAGGUUAAUUGGAGGAAGAAUUUGACCCUCGAAAGAGUGGAAAAAGCGCGAGCCAUCCUCGCCGGAGUCCCCGUCAGCUCUUCGUCCUCCAGUUCUUCAAGAGAUACUCGAGAGAAGAUGGUGAUAAUCGCUCUCAGAGAAAGGAAGAGGCACGAGGAAGAAGAGGCCGCGAGACGAGCUGCCGAGGCGGCUCAAGCGCAGACCGAGGCGGUUCCAACGCAAACCGAGGCCAUCCCUCAACCCGACCCGCCGAGCCGGGAAGGAGACGAAAUGGUCCGAGCCGCAGAAGGCAAUACUGCCGAGGCGGUCGAGAGGGAUGCAGCGCUCGAGGUGGAACCAGGCAAAAUUAUUCCCGAGGUGUCCGGGGAAAACUCAGCGGUGCGGAGCAAAACUCCUUCGAACUCCGCCAUUUUAGCCCUCCCAAAGUCGACGAGGCCCCCGACUUCAGUUGUUCAGAAACAUGACCCGAGCCGAAAACGCUGA